AUGCUCUUCCUUUUUGUUUGCAGGUUUAACAUGGCUCCCAUUGAUGAGAAGGAUGUUGGGCUUAAAACUGAUCUAAUCACCAUCAACCCCAGUCAGAUCAAAGGCUACAGAAACUUGCAAAAGCGACCAGGUCCAUUAAUGCAGCGUGUGAACAUUUAUGGUAAUGCCUCUCUGAUCAUGCCAGCCUUUGCAAGCCCACAAAACACUCGACUGUCAGUCAGUGCCCUUAAGGCACUUUGGCCCCCCAGACCUCAGCUGCGGGUCAUCUUCUUUAGCUCCUCUUAUCUCAAGACGUUGGACCAUUUCUGGAAAGGGCAUGGACUACGAGGGAACCGCCUCUCCACUGGUUUCAUGUUAAUUAAUGUGGCACUAGAGCUGUGUGAUCAUGUGCACAUUUAUGGAUUCUGGCCGUUUGAUAUCGAUUUGCAGCAGCGGCCACUUCCACAUCACUACUUUGACAACAAAGGACCCAAAAAAGGCGUUCAUUCUAUGCCAGAGGAGUUUCUCCACUUGCUACAGCUCCACAGCCAGGGGGUACUAACAAUGCACCUAAAGCCCUGCUUAUAA